AUGCUAAAAAAAAAGGGAGCAAUAAAUUUAUAUGUGCUGCUGAAUGCACAUAGCUACUUAUUAAGUAGUGCAAUAAAUAUGAAUAUGCAUAAACAUCGAGCAAUACAUUCAUCAAUCAAUAAUUUAAAUUUUAUAAAUAGUACAAAACCUUUUUAUACUAAGAAUGCUAAGAAGUAUAUUAAAUAUCUUAACAAUGUUAAUCUUCAUAAGGGUGUAAAUAGUAAAAGAAAAGUAUCACAAAUUUUUUUAACUAAUCACAAUGUAUCAAUAAAUCAGAGUGAAGGGAAUGUUCGAAAUUUCAGACUCCGUAUGUUUAGUAGCAAAAAUGAAGUUAAUGAAAAAAAUGGAAAAACCAAUGAACAAAAUAGGAAUUGGAAUAUAUUAAAUAUAAAUAAAAUAUUUAAAGACAGAUUUGAAACAAAGAUGAGUAAAAAACUUGAUGGUAUAUCUAUAAAAGAUAUUUAUGCAAUUUUAAAAAAAGAAAAAAACUAUUUGAUAUUAGCUAUGGCAUGUUUAUUAGUAUCAUCACUAGGUCAAAUGUUAUUCCCAAUGUAUAUAAGUAAAAUAAUAAAUAUGUAUGGAGGUAAAGAAGAAUCAUUAAAAUAUAUUAUGGAUGAAGUAUAUAAAACAGUAUUUUUAAUUUUAGGUAUUUCAACAUUUAGUUUUUGUAGAAUAUAUUUAAUUGAAACAUCUAUUGAAAAAAUAACAAGAAGAUUACGAAAAAGUUUAUUUGAUAAAAUAUUAAAUCAAAAAUUUGAAUUUUUUGAUAAGCAUAAAACUGGAGAAUUAAUAAAUAGAUUAUCUAAUGAUAUUGAAGUAUCUUCGAAAAUAUUAAUUAAUUUGUCUUUUGGAAUACGAAAUUUAAUAGCUGCACUAAUUGGUGGUGCAUGUGCAUUACAUAUAUCUCCGUCAAAAUUAGUUAAUGCUUUUUUAUUUCCAGUAUCAAGUAUAUUAUUAAUUGGUACGAUAUAUGGAAAGCUUGUCAAAAAGAUUAGUAUAUAUAAACAAGAGAAAUUAAGUAAUUCCAUAGAUUUUGCAUCUGAAAAAAUUCAUAAUAUAAGUAAUGUUAGAUUUCUUAAUGGAGAAGCAUUUGAAAAAAACAUGUUUAGAAAUUAUUUAAAUGAUGUUUAUAAAGCAGGAGCAAAAUAUUCUUUAACAAAAUCAGGGAAUCAUUUUCUAUUUUUUAGCACAAUUUCUUUAUUUUUAUUACAUCUAAUAUAUUAUGGAAAUUAUUUAAUAGCUAAUAAAUUUAUUAAUAGUGGUGAUUUAUUUUCUUUGAUUAUGUAUUCUUUAUUUUGUGGUAGUGGUAUUCAUGGUAUUAUGAAUGCCAUAGGGGAAAUUCAAAAAUGUGUGGGCUCAUGUUCUAAAGUUUUACAAAUAAUUAAUUUACCUAAAAAUGAAUUUAAUGAAUAUUGGUUAACCGAUUCAAUCAAUUUUUUAAAAUCAAAUAAUUAUGCAAUAAAAUUUAAUAAUGUUACAUUUUCAUAUCAAAAAAAUGACCAAGUAAAUGAAAAAGUUGCACCGAUUGAAGAAAAUGUUGUAUUAAAAAAUGUUUCAUUUUAUUUGCCACACAAUAAAUCAGUUGCUAUAGUAGGAAAAAGUGGUAGUGGAAAAACUACUAUUUUAAAUUUAUUAACAAAAAAAAAUAUGGCAACAUCUGGAGAUAUAUAUAUUGGUGAUUUUCCUCUUAAUAAAAUUAAUGCAUCUGCUUUAAGAUCGAUUUUAGGAAUAGUUACUCAGAACCCAUUCCUAUUUAAUACUACUAUUCGAGAAAAUUUAUUAUACCCUUAUAAAGCACAUGAGGCAAUGUUAAGGGAACAAAUUCAAUUGUUAGAAGAAAAAAUGGCAAUAGCUAGCCAAAUUAAUGGAGAAACGAACCCUGAUGAAAAACAAAUAUAUUCGUAUCUAAUAAAAGAAGAAGAAAAAAAUAAAGAAGAAAUUAAAAAUAUGACCAAAGAUAAAUUAGAAAAAAUAUAUAACGAUUUUCAUAUUCAUGAUUUUUUAAAUAAUUAUUCAAAUUAUGAUCAAAUUGAUGCAGGAGUUAAUGGAUCAUUUUUGUCAGGUGGACAAAAACAAAGAAUUUAUCUUGCACAAAAUUUAUGUAAAGAUAAUAAAAUAUUAAUUUUAGAUGAACCAACAUCUUCUUUAGAUAAAUUAUCAGAACAAAUUAUAAAUGAAGCUUUAUAUAAAUAUAUGAAAGGAAAGACUACUGUUAUAUUUACCCAUAGAUUAGAUCUGCUAAAUUUUGUUGAUUAUAUUGGUGUAUUAGAUGAUGGAAAUAUGAUACAAUUUGAUAUAAGAAAUAAAGUCCUACAAAACCCAUGUAGCAUACUUAAACAAAUUCUUAACCAAAACAAACAUUAG